GCAAACCUCUCUGCUUGCCCCGUCCCGAAGUCGAGAGACACCGUCUGCCGCAAGCGAGAAAUUGCCACGAUGUUGACAGACGCCUCACAGCAGGAGACUGUGGACAGUGUAGACACUGUGGAGAGUGUCGAUACUGGGGAUCAGCCCUUGCCCUCCUCCACUUCUGACGCUGGGACACAGUGUUCUUUGAAGCCCCCCCGAUGGUCUCACGCUGUGCAGGUUAACCUGAAGCCCAAGAUGGUCAGCGUGGGCACACAGACAUCAUUCGGCACACAAACCUCCACUCCCCUUGCUAGUCCUGAACAGACAGAUGAAGAUGAUGAUAAUGCCUCUGUCAUCAGUGACUUAUCGUGGGUGCCCGAAGAGCCGAUGCAUGAGGAGGACUUGUUUGAUGAGGAGCCACCUUACACGUGUGACCCCCAUCACAAUGGCAUUGACAAAUUCAUUGUUUGCCAAGAGGAGCUGAUGGGCCUUUUUGUCAUCUGUCCGGCCUGUUGUGAGAGGUCAGAUAGUAGCAUCGUGCAGCAGGAAGGAACUUUUCUUAAGAUCAAGCAGGUCUGUGCAUCAUGUGGCUACCACCGUUUCUGGCAAAACCAGCCAAUGCUCCACAGGAACAUGCCGACCUGCAACCUCCUGUUAAGCGGGGCCAUUCAUUUCACUGGAUGUUUGGCCACCCAGACAUUAAGAAUGUUGACUCUGUUUGGCCUGCAGUGCAUCAGUGCGAGCAGUUACUUUCGCCAUCAGCGCCGCUACGCCAUCCCUGUAAUCGUUCAGGCCUGGCAAAACGAUCAAGCGAAGAAUUUUAGUGACCUACGGCAAUGGAUGGCGGGCUAGUUCUUGCUGGUGACUGCAGGUCAGAUUCUCCUGGGCACUGCGCGAAGUAUGGAUCCUACUCUCUGAUCGAGGACAGAGUGAACAAGGUGGUGGAUGUUCAGCUUGUUCAGAGCUCAGAGGUCCCCAACAGCUCAUGGUGUGAGCUUGAAGGGCUCAAGCGCAGUGUUGGCCUGCUGAGGGGAAAGGACCUGCAUUUAGCAAUGCUGAUCACGGACCGUCAUCGCCAGGUUGCCAAAUGGGUGAGAGAGGAGCUGAGCCCUGAAGGGACACGGCAUUAUUUUGAUGUGUGGCACAUUGCCAAAAGUCUGGGGAAGGCAUUGGAUGCAGCUUCAAAAGAGUGUGACCAACUACAGCUGUGGAGGCCUGCUAUAGUGAAUCACCUCUAUUGGACUGCAGCCUCAACCCCAGACGGCAACCCAGCAGUCAUGGAGGC